GUCGGGGCUGAACUUCUCAGCGAGCACCGUGACCGAGCAGAAGGGAAGAGCCUCGGCGAUGCAGACGGCGGUGGAGAGCCCGAUCACACCAGCCCCCACCACGGCAACCCUGACGGCCUUCAUCCCGCCGCGUCUCAAUCUUGAGAAACACAUGUGGUUGUUUUUAAGAGGAGGAUGUCUCAGAAAGCAGCGGCUUCCUCACUCAUGGCCCUUCAGUCCGAGUCGCAUAAGCGCAGCAUCCUGAGCAAAUUCGACCAGCUCAGGAAAAUGGACCUGCUGUGCGACAUCACUCUCUCUGCGGAGGAUGUGCACUUCAAGGCGCACAAAGCCCUGCUGGCGGCGAGCAGCGACUACUUCUCCCUCAUGUUCACGGCAGAAGGUCAGAUCAACCAGUCGACCUAUCGGCUGGAGGGCAUGGCGGCGAAGAUGGUCUCCAAGGUGCUGGAUUUCAUCUACAGCGCGCAGGUGUCUGUGGAGGAGAGCGCCACGGAGCAGCUCCUGGCCACGGCUCGCCUCAUGAAGGUCAGCGACCUCGUUAAAGCGCUCGCCGAACUCUCGGGCUCCGCGGCGGGCGCUGAAGCGGACAAAUCUGAAGUGACAGAUCUGCUGAAACGCAAAAGAGGAAGGCCGAAGAAAAUUGUGUGCGCGCCUGCAGCAGAGCCGGGGGGGAGAGGUGCGCCGUGCGAGGGCUCAGAGGACGGGCCGGCUGGACGUGACGUAGAACCUGAGUCACAAUCUAAAGACGACGCAGAUUAUAAUCCACGGCAGAGCCGGCAAAGCAAACGCAAAAUCAGGCCCCCGGUGAAAUACAAAGGCUACAAGGUGGGCGGAGACGCUGCAGGAAGCGACAAGCCGUUGAAGAGAGGCAGGAAGAGGAAAUACCCCAACACAGAGGCUCGAUGUGACGACUGUGGAAAAGUGUUUAAAAAUCACCUGUUUUUAAAGAUUCACCAAAGGACUCAUACAGGAGAGAAACCGUUCCACUGCCGGAGCUGUGGGAAGAGUUUCACCCAGAAGCACACUCUACUGACUCACCAGCGCAUGCACACUGGAGAAAAGCCGUUUGUUUGCACCGUCUGCGCCAAAGCGCUUUCCACCAAACACUCGCUGCAAGAGCACAUGAACCUCCAUCAAGAAAAUAAAUCCUUUACCUGCGAUAAGUGUGAAAAGACGUUCUCCCAGAAGAGGCAGCUGAAAAGCCACUACAGAGUUCACAUGGAAGGUAAAUCGUUACCAGAAUGUGCCGAGUGUCAUCACACGUUCAUGGACGCGGCGCAACUGAAGAAGCACCUGAGAACUCACACGGGUGAGAAGCCGUUCACGUGUGAGAUUUGUGGAAAACGUUUUACAGCCAAGAGCACGCUGCAGACUCACAUACGCAUCCACAGAGGCGAGAAGCCAUACGUCUGCAACAUCUGCAACAAGUCGUUCUCAGACCCGAGCGCGAGGAGACGACACGUUGCGUCUCACUCGGGGAAGAAACCUUUCACCUGCCCCUCCUGCAGCCUUUCAUUCACACGCCUGGACAAUCUGAAGACGCACACCAAGUCCCACACCAAGGAGAGGGCUGCCACCACCACGGAGGCCUUAUCGGAUGGAGCGGCAGCGGCCGCGCCGGGGGAGGAGGUGCGCAACCUCCUGCAGCUGCAGCAGUACCACAUGCCGCCCAGCUCCGAGCAGGAGAUCCAGCUGGUGGUGACGGGGGACGUGGACAACAUCAACUUUGUGCCGGGUCAGGACCAGCACAUCAGCCUCAUCACGGCAGAGGGAGAGGCGGCGCAGUCGGCCCACUCCAGGCUCACCCUCCUCACCCAGCCGUCGGGUCACAUGCAGAACGUGGCCCUGGUCACUCAGGGAGACGUGGUGGACCAGACCCCUCAGAUUCACACCAUCAGCAUGCUGGAGGGCCAGAUGACGCACCAGCCCGAGCAGAUGCACGUCAUCACCCUGAGCAAGGAGGCGAUGGAGCACCUGCAGACCCACCACGGGCCCCCGCAGCCCCUGCACAUAGCGCAGAGGCCCGUGCAGCAGCUGCAGGUGAUGCACCAGCCCAUCCAGCAGCUGGCGGUGGCCCAGGAGAGCUCGCAGGGGCAGGCGGGCAGGGAGCAGCACGGCCAGGGCAUCCACAUCAGCGGCCAGAGCGGCCAGCCCAUCUCCAUCAGCCAGACCAGCGAGCAGAUCUCCAGCCACCACAUCCAGGGACAGACGUUUCAGAUCCAGGCGGGAACCGUGUCCUACCUGUACACCACGGGGCUGCCGCAGGAAGGCUGAGUGACCGCGGGGGAACUAAUAUCAGCGUCAUAUCCGGAGUGAGUAGUUUAAAAGAAAACAUAGAAGGCAAGCUACGUUUUUUUUUUUUACAGAGACUUUUGAAAUUCUGCAGAAUUUGUGCAGAAAUUGAAACUUUUCG